AUGAACAUUGAGACAGUGACAGUUUUCUCUCUGCUGAUGUCUAUGCUCUGCCGAAUCGUUGAAGGUACAAUAAUGUGCUCAGCGUGUCGCAGCGACAAGUCGCCUGACUGCGAGACUAACCCUCCCCCACCCCAGCCUUGUACAGAGUCAGGAAGUGGAGUUAACCAGUCGUGUUCCACCAUUCGCAUCUUCAAGACUGGCACAGGAGAACUGCACCAGUUCAUCAGAAGCUGCUCCAGCUCAAACUCUGAGAAAGCUGACUGCUUUGCCAGCCCGCCAGGCUACAAAACCUGCGCCAACAUCUGCUACACUGACGGCUGCAACAGCGCCAAGACAUCCAGCAACAUCCACCGGCUGUGGUCGCUGCCGUGGCUACUGCUCACCCUUCAGCUUUAUACGCGUUAA